CCGUGGUGCAAUACGGCACCGGAAGAAGUAACAGGUCCUCGACCAACCCCUUAUUUGCAUGUCGCUUUUACUGCGUAGCCGCUAGAGAAAGUAAAUUAUCAGACAGUGUGGGGCGCACACGAAAUAUGGACUCGCGUAUCGCGUGCGUUUUUCUUUUUCUGGGAUUUUUAACUUUUGUAGUUUGUGACGACGCCGAUUCUCUAGAAAAAGGAUGGGGAUUAGAUAUAAAGUGGGAAAAACUUGACAAUGCAAAGAAAGAAGCGAAAGAAAGCAACAAGCCAAUCAUGAUUCUCAUCACCAAAAACUGGUGCGGAGCUUGUAAAGCUUUGAGGCCAAAGUUUGCGGAAUCAAAGGAAGUCGCUCAGCUCAGCAAGAAGUUUGUGAUGGUACAUUUACAGGAAAACGAAGAACCCGACGGUGACGAGUUCCGAGUCGACGGAAGAUACAUCCCCCGGAUAUACUUUAUGGACCCCGACAGUGUGGUGUUGAAGGACGUGGUCAACGCUCAUGGACGUCACAAGGAGACUAAGUACUACUAUGGAAAAGUGUCAGAGAUCGUGAGAAGCAUGAAGCAAGUCCUAAAGAAACUUAAAAUGGACGAUGGCCUGGAAGUUGACGAGGAGAAAGCACAGAAACAGGGCAAGGAUUUAGCAAGAGGAUUCGGAGACAAAAUCAACUGGAUGACAUACGAGGAAGGACUUAAAGAAGCCAAGGAAAAAGAGAAGAUUCUAGUUUUGCUCAUCCACAAGACAUGGUGCGGAUCAUGCAAAGCGCUGAAGCCUAAGUUUGCGGCAUCUGAAGAGCUGGCUGAGAUGAGCAAGAAGUUUGUGAUGGUGAACGUGGAGGACAAAGAAGAACCAAGCGGGAGUCAGUUCGUAGUUGACGGAGAAUACGUGCCAAGGAUAUAUUUCUUAAAUUCCAAAGGCGAAGUUGACGAAUCAAUCUACAACGAGGGCACCAAGCACCGACAUGUAAAAUAUUACUAUGAAAGCCCUGAAGAGCUUAUUGCAAGCAUGAAGCGCGCCCUUGGAGAGGAGAAGCUAGGUUCCGGUGAGACGUCAGGUGAGACGAAGAAGCAGGAAGUCAAGGAUGACAUCAAGGCCGAAGGGAAGAAGGAGCCAUGGUGGAUGCCUAAAAAGGACGCUGAUAAAGCGGAUACAAGAGGGUUCGGGACUCACGUUCAGUGGAUGAAGUACGAGGAGGGCUUGAAGGAGGCUAAUAACAGUGGCAAAGUUAUGAUGUUGAUAAUCACCAAGUCUUGGUGUUCGUCAUGCAAAGCAUUCAAAGAACGUAUUGCAAGCGACAAGAAUCUUGGGGACUGGGGCAAAAAGUUCGUGAUGGUGAAUGUGAUUGACGACGAAGAGCCGAAAGACAAACAGCUGCAACCUGAUGGGCAAUAUGUUCCACGGGUUCUCUUCCUUGAUUCAAAUGGAAAAGUGCUAGAUGAGUUUUGGAACGAAGGGACCGACUAUAAGCAUGUAAAACACUACUACCAGAACGGCGACGAAAUUAUUGCAUCUAUGAAAAGGGUGCUUAAAAAGUUCAAAACGCCUGUAAAAUCAUUUGGGUGGGGCGAUAAGAUUGACUGGGUUGACAUGGACGAAGCGUUCGACAUCGGAGCUGAACAGAAAAAACCGGUGAUGCUUAUAAUUCACAAGAGCUGGUGCUCAGCCUGCAAAGCAUUAAAGCCCAAGUUUGCCAGAUCUAAGGAAAUCCUGGAACAAAGCAAGAACUUCGUGAUGGUCACCGUAGAGGACGAUGAUCGUAAGACAGACGCUAACUUUGAUGUGGACGGAGCUUACGUACCGAGGAUUUAUUUUGUCGACCCCUACACCAAGAAGAUCAUGAAAGAGUUCCGAAAUGACGACGAGGAGUUUGAGGACUACAAGUAUGCGUAUGGUGAUCCCAAAGAACUUGUGAAAGUGAUGACCAAGGCUGCCACGAAAGGCGUCACCAAGGGCACAGUUUCAGGAAAAGGAUUUGGUGAUAGCUAUCUGUGGAUGGACCUGGAAGCCGGUCUUGGUGAAUCCCAAAAAACGAAGAAGCCUGUGAUGUUGGUUAUGCACAAAUCAUGGUGUCAACACAGUCAAGCUCUCAAGGCCAAAUUCAAUAGCUCCAAGGAUAUCCAAGACCUCAGCAGAAACUUCAUCUUGGUCAAUCUGGAGGAUGAUGAAAUCCCGGCUGGAAAAUACGAAGUGGAUGGAGCAUAUGUGCCGAGAAUCGUUUUCCUUGAUUCGAGCGGAGAGGUCAUGAAAGACAUGAAAAAUGCUGACUCUGAGGUUGAAGGCGCAGAGUUUUUCUACAGCAACGAGAGCCAGAUCGUGAAGACCAUGAAGAAAAUGAUACCAGGCUACAACCUCGACAACGGAUUCGGUAAAGAGAUUCAAUGGAUGACGAUGAAGGAUGGACUUCAGCAAGCAAAGACAAGCGGGAAGCCCGUGAUGCUUAUUAUCCACAAGUCCUGGUGCGGAGCAUGUAAAGCUCUCAAGCCUAAAAUCGCAGGCUCUAAAGAGAUUCUUGACCUCAGCAAGAUGUUUAUCAUGAUUAACAUAGCGGAUGAUGAAGAGCCCAAAGACGACAGGUUUGACGUAGAUGGCAAAUAUUAUCCAAGGGUGUAUUUCUUAGAUUCUGAUGGGGAAGUUUUGAAGAGUAUUCAUAACACAGAACUUGAUUACGUCAAGUACAAGUUUGCUUACGGAGACGAAGAACAAGUCUUAAAGUCCAUGAAGCAAUGCCUGGAAAAGGUCAAGCCAGUGAUUCCAGAAAAGCCUGGUUUGGACAACGGUCUUGGAAAAGAGAUAAACUGGAUGACAUUGGAUGACGGAUUAGUCGAGGCAAGAAAAAGCUGGCGCCCUCUGAUGCUCAUCAUUCACAAGAGCUGGUGCAGCACCUGCAAAGUUUUGAAGCCCCGAUUCAACAAAUCUAAACAGAUCAAGUCCAAAAGUCGCGAUUUCGUCAUGGUCAAUGUUGCGGAUGAUUUCGACGCUCGGGACAAGCGCUUUGAUAUAGACGGGGCUUAUAUUCCACGAGUACUGUUCCUUGAUCCCAUGGGCAAUGUGAUGAAGGAUAUCUGGAACAGGGAGACGAUCUACAAAGACAACAAGUACUAUUACUACGAAGCUGCAUCGAUCGUGGAGUCAAUGGACCUCGCCCUGGAUCGCGUUGCGGUCAUGAAGAAACCAGUUGAGCGGGACGAGCUUUGAGCGCGAUUAUCCUCGCGCUGCAGGGGAUCGACAAUCGACCUCAUAGAGUGGUUAGCAAAGGACUAACAUCUACUAACUACCGAUGCUAUUUUAGACGAGAUAGCUAAUAUAAGCUUUAGUCGAGAUAUACCACUAGAAUAUCUAGAAAAUAUCACCUAAAAGAAGAAGAGUUUUAGAUCUAAUUGAUAACUAUCAAUUUGCAAUUAAGCUCUAGUUUAGGCUAGAGCGGCUAAAUUAAUUUCAUUCAGAAUUAUAAAUAAAUAUUUUAUAGAAAAUAAAGUAAUAAUUUAAAAGCA